AUGAACUUGGUGACGAAAACCACGAUGUGCAAGUUCUAUCAGAGUGGUCGAUGCGCCAAGGGCUCCAGCUGCACGUUUGCACAUUCGGAGCAGGACCUCCAAGCUCCGCCGGAUCUCUUCAAGACCUCCUUGUGCUCCAAGUUCAUGCGGAAGGGUUUCUGCAAGAGCGGGGACGGUUGCAAGUAUGCCCACGGAUCCGCGGAGUUGCGACCGCCGGGCGCUGGCGAGGGCGAGUCCUCCAGCAGCUCCAACCGGGUCUUUUUCCCGGACGACUCGAGCGACGGCUCGGGCUCGGGCAGCGUGCGGGUCAGGAACACCUUCCUGGAAUUCGCGGAAACGGAAGUCGUGGUGCGCCGCAGUAGCUCCGAGCCGGACCUGCAGAUCUACCGCUGUUGA